UGUAAAGUUAUUUAUCCGAAAUUACUUAUCCUAAUUCACAAGUUCACUAAUAAUUGCUUAAUUUUGUUCCUCAAUUUUCAAGAAAUUUCAUCAAAUUUGCAACAAUGGCUAAAUCUCAAAGAUGGUCACUUUCUGGGAUGACUGCUCUUGUCACAGGCGGUACACGUGGCAUUGGGAAUGCAGUGGUGGAAGAAUUAGGUGGGUUUGGAGCAAAAAUUCACCUUUGUUCAAGAAAUGAAGUUGAAUUAAACAAAUGUUUGGAAGAAUGGAAGAUUAAGGGUUUUCAAGUAUCUGGUUCUGUUUGUGAUGUUACUUCUCGGGAACAACGACAAAAGCUCAUGCAAGAUGUUGCUUCAAUUUUUAAUGGGAAGCUCAAUAUUCUUGUAAACAAUGCUGGUACAAAUAUAAGAAACUCAACUGUUGAGGUUUCUCCUGAAGAGUAUACAAAAGUCAUGGCCACCAAUUUGGAAUCUGCGUAUCAUCUCUGUCAGCUUGCGCACCCUCUUUUAAAAGAUUCUGGAGCUGGAAGCAUUGUGUUCAUAUCAUCUGUAGCAGGGGUUACACAUUUGGGUACUGGAUCUGUUUAUGGAACUAGUAAAGCUGCAAUUAAUCAGCUUACCAGAAACCUGGCAUGUGAAUGGGCUAAAGACAACAUCAGGAGCAACACUGUUGCGCCUUGGUAUACCAGAACCUCACUUGUGACGCAUUUGCUUGCUGACGAGAGCUUCGUCGACAAGGUCAUUUCGCGCACUCCCCUUGGCCGUAUAGCAGAAGCCGAGGAGGUGGCGUCGAUGGUGGCAUUUCUCUGCCUUCCUGCAGCUUCUUACAUCACCGGCCAAGUUAUUUGUGUUGAUGGUGGAAUGACUGUUCUUGGUUUUAACCCUGGCCUUUUCUAGUAAUUGUUUGAUUGAUUAUUUCACUAUCGCUUUCUGUCUCUCUCGGCUUUUAGUAGACACGGUACUACUUAGCCUUUUCUUGGUUGUUGCAAACUUCGACUAUUAAAUAUAUUAGUAUGGUAUGCACGUGAUGCGUGUUAAAAUAAACAAAAGGUCAAUUGUGUAAUAAUAUAUACGGAAAAUUGUUCAUAAA